UCAGUUUGUAAGUGGCAUCUUAAAAGCCGGUGCAGUUUUUGCAUACUAUCUCUAGAGGUAAUUCGACAGUCAUUGUGUUGCUGGACCUGGUGAAGACAAGGCAGUUCAUAAAUAUGAUGCUAUGAUUAUUUUUUAAUUUUUUAAUUAUACAACAGUUGCUGUCAGUAAAUGGGCAUUGAAACUGGAUUAUUUCUUAUUUUGGUUUAAAUUCUAUGCCGCUUUAGUAUUUUCAAAUUGCAGUAUAAAAAAGAGAAGAAUUUCUCACCCCACAGAAAGCUGACCUGUUAGCUAUUUUUUGUUGCUUUGAAAGAAAAAAAACAAGGUUAUUAACUCCCCAUCUGAAGACAAAAGUAGGACACUGUCUUUGCCAACAAAAACAAAAAAGUCACCGGAAAACCUUUCUCCCAGCUAAGCGAGUCCAACCUGCUACAUUUUUAACGCAGCAUAGAAUUUCCUGCUUUCCCUUCCAACGCCGGUCUCCUUAACAACCAGGAACCAGGAGAAACCGCCCCAAGAACAGUGCAGGAAAGCCCAUGUUUCUGGCAGCUCCUCCGGGACUAUAUUCUUCAUGUGUUUUUGUCAAAGUGUACGCAGCACCGAUUCCAAUGAUUCAGCAGAUGAUUUCCGACCACUUAAAAUGGCUAGGCAUCGGGGGUCGAGAGAGCCACUUCACUGAGAAAUGAUUGCACAAGUUAAUUCCAGCCUCUAAAAGCAUUGCACUGGACAUGGAUUGCGGCAGGUCACUCAGAGAAUAGAAGCAAUGCUUGCUCAUGCAUCAAACGCCGUCUGUCUAAGCCCUUAAAGAAACUGCGCCUCUUGCACACAAGAUAACAAUGAGAGUUUGAGCAGCACAGUCACCCCAGUGUUUUUUAGGCAGUUUGCCUUUGGCAGAAUUCAAAUGAAGGGAGUCAGGGAGCUAUCGGUGUUGUCCCGGUCACAGACGUCUUUAAGCGCAGAGCUGCCUGACCUUUCCGUUGCUGUCUGAGAGUGUGGCGUCUGAUUUUCGUCCAGCCUUUCUAAGCCCGGCCUGACAAAUUAGUCCAUUAGUCCCGAAGAAUUUUUUGCAUUGCCUGCUCCUUAAAAAAAAAAAAAAAAAAAGCGGCGCUUUCCAGCCCUGCUGCGUAGUUCCUCCCGUCCCAUAAUUCCCUGCGCUCCCCCCCUGCUGUGCGCUGGCGAGCGAGGAUGCACGCGCGGGGUCCCCGCCGGAGGUGAGGAUGUACGCGGCGGGCAUGACGGAGUGCAAGGCGGAGGUGACGCCGUCCACGCGCAACGGCCACCGCGUCUUCAGCUACACGCUGGAGAGCCACACGGCGGCCGCCUUCGCCAUCAUGAACGAGCUGCGCCUGGAGCGCCAGCUCUGCGACGUCACGCUGCGCGUCAAGUACAGUGACCUGGACGCCGUCGACUUCGUGGCCCACAAGGUGGUGCUGGCCUCCUCCUCGCCCGUCUUCCGCGCCAUGUUCACCAACGGCCUGAAGGAGUGCGGCAUGGAGGUGGUCCCCAUCGAGGGCAUCCACCCGAGGGUGAUGGAGCGGCUGAUCGAGUUCGCCUACACCGCCAGCAUCUCGGUGGGGGAGAAGUGCGUGAUCCACGUGAUGAACGGGGCGGUGAUGUACCAGAUCGACAGCGUGGUCAAGGCCUGCUGCGACUUCCUGGUGCAGCAGCUGGACCCCAGCAACGCCAUCGGCAUCGCCAGCUUCGCCGAGCAGAUCGGCUGCACCGAGCUGCACCAGAAGGCCCGAGAGUACAUCUACAUGAACUUCAGCCAGGUGGCCACCCAGGAGGAGUUCUUCAACCUGUCGCACUGCCAGCUGGUGACGCUGAUCAGCCGGGACGAGCUGAACGUGCGCUGCGAGUCGGAGGUGUUCCACGCGUGCGUGGCCUGGGUGCAGUACGACCGCGAGAACCGCCGGCCGUACGUGCAGGCGCUGCUGCAGGCGGUGCGCUGCCACUCGCUCACGCCGCACUUCCUGCAGCUGCAGCUGCAGCGCUGCGAGCUGCUCAAGUGGGACGCGCAGUGCAAGGACUACCUCUCGCAGAUCUUCCAGGACCUCACGCUGCACAAGCCCACCAAGGUGCUGUCCUGCCGCACGCCCAAGGUGCCGCAGCUCAUCUACACGGCCGGCGGCUACUUCCGCCAGUCGCUCAGCUACCUGGAGGCCUACAACCCCUGCACGGGGGCCUGGCUGCGGCUGGCGGACCUGCAGGUGCCGCGCAGCGGCCUGGCGGCGUGCGUGAUCAGCGGGCUCUUCUACGCGGUCGGGGGCCGCAACAACGCGCCCGACGGCAACAUGGACUCCAACACGCUGGACUGCUACAACCCCAUGAACAACUGCUGGUCGCCGUGCGCGCCCAUGAGCGUCCCGCGCAACCGCAUCGGCGUCGGCGUCAUCGACGGCAUGAUCUACGCCGUGGGCGGCUCGCACGGCUGCAUCCACCACAACAGCGUGGAGAGGUAUGACCCCGAGAGGGACUCGUGGCAGCUGGUGGCGCCCAUGCUGACGCGGCGCAUCGGGGUGGGCGUGGCCGUGAUAAACCGGCUGCUGUACGCGGUGGGCGGGUUCGACGGCACGCACCGGCUCAGCUCCUCCGAGUGCUACAACCCGGAGAGGGACGAGUGGAGGAGCACGGCGCCCAUGAACACCGUGCGCAGCGGGGCGGGAGUGUGCGCCCUGGGCAGCUCCAUCUUCGUGAUGGGCGGCUACGACGGCACCAACCAGCUGAACAGCGUGGAGCGCUACGACGUGGAGAGCGACAGCUGGAGCCCGGUGGCGUCCAUGAGGCACCGCCGCAGCGCGCUGGGCGUCACCACGCAUCACGGGCGCAUCUACGUGCUGGGCGGGUACGACGGGAACACCUUUCUGGACAGCGUGGAGCGCUACGACCCGGAGACGGACACGUGGGCGGAGGUCACCAGGAUGACGUCGGGCAGGAGCGGCGUGGGCGUGGCCGUCACCAUGGAGCCCUGCAGGAAGGACCUGGCCCCGUGUCAGAAGCACUAGACCACAGCUUAACGAGAAACCUCAUUCUCUGUGCGCGUGCGCAUGCUCACCUGCAUCACGCACACACACAGGCACUCACACACACACACACACACACAGACACGCACAUACAUACACACACGCACGCACGCACACACACAGCGAC